ACCGGAUCCGCGGCUCUGAUUUGACUCAUUUGAGCUCAGACGCUGGACCAAAACCCAACAACGGUGCUGAAGGGCAUCCUCGAGGCUUCAGUGCACCGCAUACGGCCGCACAAGGCGGCCCAGCUGGUUCCCGCAGUGUGCUCUCUGGAUCUUGCUCCUGUGCUCUCACAGCAGCUUUUGUCGAGCGCCAACCGCGGCGCGACCUGAGCCCGGGACCAUUCCCACCACCCCUUCGCUGCUCUUUUGAUACCACGUUACCACGAUGCUGCGCUGGCUCCGUCUCUCGUGCGCCGCGCUCGUCAUCGAGCGAGCCGCGCCCCUCAACCCCCUGCGCCGCUUGCUGAGGCGGCCGCCGCCCGUCACCGAUCAGAUAUAUGAAUCCUGGAGCGUCGACGUCGAGGCCUAUGAACGAGCGGACCCGCGCGUCACGUUGCAAGAGAGCCCGGGCGCCGGCACGGGCGUCUUCGCCGCCCAGGAUUUAAAAGAAGGCUCCACGGCGACGGAAUACGUCGGGCUCCUCGCGGAAUGCCCGGACACGAGAUCCGGCGACCUCGCUCUAUAUCAGUCCUACUACGGCGAGAACUGGCGGAAGUACUGUCAGCGGUACGAGAUCGGCUUGACGGGGGCGCGCGUCGCGGACGCUGUUGGGAGAGCCAAGGGAGGUUCUGUUGUGGCCGGCUCCCUGAAAACGACCUGUAAUGUCGAUGAAGAUUUAGAUGCGUGUGUCACGCGAGCCGGGGAAGGCGAGUACGUGCUACUGGGGAAAGUCGAACGAGCUACUGUGGAUGAGGGUGUGGCACAGCUGAUAAAUGACCACUCCACCAUAAGGGCGCCGUCGCACCUAACGCCGUCGGAGGGGUCGUUGAGACCUAGUGAUGUGGACGGCUUCGUGCUCAAGGAUCCGGCCUGGCCCUAUCCUCCGGUAGCGGUUGAUGGGGCUGCUCUGAGAAGAGCCACGCAAGAAUACGUGUCCAACAUUGAAAGUAGCACAAAUUGCGCGUUGGUGCAGGCUACUAUUGGAAGUUCGGGCCUCUUCGCGCCCCGCAUUUUUGCCGUGUGUACGCGCGAUAUCAAAAAAGGCGAGGAAUUACGCCUGACGUACGGGGCCGAGUGGUGGCUCGCGCAAUUGAGACGGGCCGCGUUGGCCCAGGUCGUAAGUUGCGCGCCGUCGCCUCGGCGCGCCGCGGCUUUGGAGGCGAUGAUCCGGGCCGUCGAAGAUGUAAGUGUAGACGCGCGCGACGCGCAGGCCGCGGCCUGCGCGAGGGCCGGCUGCAUGCCGCGGGCCUUCGUGCAGCCCCUCGAGCGCAUGGCGCCCCUCGAUGAAUUAUUAGCGGACGACUCCUGGCAGAAGAUUUUGUUAGCGGAGGAGUUCCUGGGGGCGGAGUGCGUCGUCGACGAGAUCUACGCGGACGCGUUCCAGCCUACCUUGAAAUAAAUUUACUCAGUCGUCUU